AAGGGAACCCCUAUAAGUUGCGAGUCGUCUGAAGACGGUCUACAUAUACUUAGUCACUUGGAAAGCCCCAUGGCAGUGUCCUCCGAGCAUUUGCCCUCAACAAUCUUAUCAUCUCCCUGAUGUCCGUUAUUCCUAUGGAAAUUGAUGAUGACGACGUCGCCCACAACCUUGGUAUCCAUCCUAGUACCCUCUUGGUUAUCAAAGCACCAUUCUCCGCUAUUUGUACCAUCGUCAGAAAAGCCCAGCCGCUUGGAUAUGAUCCUUCGAGUAUCGAGGACGACCAGCGUAGCGCUAUGGGCCAAGGGUUGAACAUAUGCUUUAAUGCUGUGGCAUCUGUCGUGGAGGAGAUCAACCUUGACCCUGAUUCCCUGCAUACGCGAUUCUGGAAUCGAAUGUUCAAAGAUGGCAAGAGACGAAAGAGACUUGUGAAGGAUACUCAACUUCUGGCAAUGGUAUAUGCUAAUAAAGACUGGCUGGCUGUUGUAGCUGAGGCCUAUCCCGUGACAUCGCCAGUCAUUCGAGAGGGAACAUUUAUUCCUGCAGAAGGGAUUCAUAAUCAAUUGCGCAAGGCAUUUGAUUGUGACUACAAGGGCAGUACUGCUAGUAACUUAUGCCGAACUUUGGAAGAGCAUUACAAGACAAAAUACGACCCAAAAUUUGACUACGGACGUAUCAUUGCUAUCACCAACUCCAGCGCCACGGGAAAGUCUAGAGCUGUCCAUGAGCUCUCUAAAAGUAUCCCACUCGUGUCGAUCUGCUUCCGUGCUGAUGACGAGCCGACAUCGGGCUGGCCUCCCCGAGACAUACCUGCUGUGAGGUUCUUUUCCGAUGGAUUGCCCGGCGACUUCAGAGGAGAAGAGAUGGCGGCGGUAUUCUAUGCAGCCUUUCUUACUGUUGUAACACAGUCGCUGAAGGGCAAGGUCGCACCCGUUGACCCUGUAGAGCUGAUGUCUGAGUGGGCUUUGCCGUCCGAUUGGUAUCAGUUUGUUUCUGCUUCCAACUCACGGCAUGCUCAUUUUGAGAAGUUAUUUGAUGUUCGCAAACAGAUCUUGCAUGAUACAUAUUCACGUAUCAAGGAUAUUCGCUCUUCAAAUGCUAGUUCUGCAGAGUCUUUGUUCAUCUGGUAUAGACAGCUUUACCUCGAUGUUGUCCAUGAUCGGCGAAAGGCGCUCGCGGAGGAACUACGCCGGUUGGGAUACGAAACCUUCAUUAUAGCCUUCGACGAAGCCAACUAUCUGAAUCAUGUCACUGGUUUCAGGGCAAGUCCCAUAGUAGCGCAAUCAUCAAUCCAGCUCCCAGAAUGCAGAAUGUCGGUUAUCGCUUUGCAGCAUAUCAUCAAAUCGGGUGAUGAAUAUGAUGCAGAGUUGGAUGGCUUCACUUUCUGGCAUUUCCUGAUCGACACAAGCUCAAUCAUAUUCGACCUCGCUCCUCAAGGGAAACCGGCCCCUUCGUACCGCCUAUCCAACGAAUUAUAUAGGCCGCUUGCAGUCUGGCCAUUUAUCUCAUUCGAUGACAUGAUCAGUGACAAGCCUCCCCUACAACAUCCAGGGGAUGCCCACCUUUUGGCGAACCUGAAAUAUUAUGGGCGUCCUUAUUGGGCAACAUUACCCACAGAACUUCUACCGGCAGAAGCUCAGAGAAAAUUGUUUAGAUCCUGGGACGUACAGCAACUGCAGGACACGGAACAAGAUAUUUUUGCCGCGUUUUCUCAGCGCAUCCUUCUAGAGCUAGCACAUAACAAUGAGGCUUCAACCCACCUGGCUCUCGAGGCUGUCAAAAGCCGCAUGCGUUUGCUCAUCGAUGUGGUUAACGACGUGGCUAUCACGCGAGCACCGUCCGAACCGAUGCUGGCUAUCGCAGCCGCACAACAAAUGAAUGCCAACGUUGCUGCCUACGAUGAGGCCGUGAAGACUCUCUUGAACAAGCUUGUCCUGGAGGGGACUGUCGUUGACACCGGCUUGAUGGGUGAACUAUCUUACAGACUUCUGCUCACCAUAGCUCGGGACUUCGCAACUCUGCCGAGGGACGUGGAUUCACCUCUAGUCGACGAGUUUGUGCGGGUCACCCACGGGCCCGGUGACAAGCUCACCAAGGCUGUUAGGCCUGUGACCCUUUGGAAUCUACUCACGACGCUAGUUGGUGAACGACUGGGCUUGGGAUGUCAGACCGAUCAAGUCCAGUCAUCAACCUUUGAUGACCUGAAAAAAUGGGCUUCUCAUGUAUGGCUCAACUUCACACACUUUAAACAAGUUGACGAACAUAUCUCGUGCAUAACCACGGAGGAGUUGGCAGAAUUGUGGUCGCGGACUGCUGCUGUUCAAUGCUCGUUUAAGCAGCCAGUGAUGGACGGCUUCAUGGUUGGAUAUUACUGUGAGGGAGAAGACAAACUGGCAACUGAAGAUUUUCGUCACGAGAACCUCAUUAUCAUACCACUACAAAUCAAAGCCCGAGUCAAGAUCUCCCUCUCGCCAAACGCCAAUACCCUCGUCUGCCCUUUCAUCAGGCUACCAAAUGGACAUACGUACAAGCCCUUGCACUUGGCCAUCUUCAUGGAUCUCGUGACAGAGGCUUCCUUUCGCAGCGGCGGUCAGGCAAAACUUACAAAAGAGAAAGCUGUCUCUGGGACGGGUCGGAAGAAAUACGAGUGGGCGGGACAUUCGCCAAUCCCAGAGCACGAGGCUGAACGCUUCUGUUUGAACAUUCGUGGACAUGGUUCCGAGCAGUAUCCCAUCAUUGCACGUUAUGAAAGUGCUUUCCAGAAAUUUCUUAAACGGUCGCUCAGGUUGGAUGGGCUGAGAGACUUCCGGCAGCAGUGGGAGAUGAAGUUUCGAUGAGGGUCACGUUAAAGCAUUAACUCGAGGAACCUUGAUAUGUGGGUCAUAAUUACAAUUUUCAUUCAUCGCCGUCGCCGUUGUUUCUUGAACUGGUUCCCAUUCUGUGUACCUAGCUUUGCGGAUGUAAUAACGUUAAAGGCACUGUAUAAUAAAUAGGCUGAUCGGGUGUAUUAGUACUUAGCUAUCGUAGGACGAGAUGUCGCCUCACGGUCCAAUGCGAGCAUCCUCCUCAGACGAGGUUUGCUCGUGUGGAUUAUAUCACUUCCUUCAGGAUCUCUAUUACACGCUUAGACGAGACAAUGUAUUCGC